UCAUCAAAGCGCGACGAUUCAGCUUGUGGGGUCCUUCCCGGCGGAAAAGAUCAGCGUCCGGAGACUGACUGAGGUCGCCAGCAUGUAUUAUAAGUUCAACGGCUUCACGCAGAAGCUGGUUGGAGCCGCAGCGGAGGAGGCGUACAACCCUCAGGGGCUGAGACCAUUCACUUACCCAGAGGCUCCUGCCCCCAUUUUCGCCACUCCAACAAAACUUUCCAGCGAAGCGGGUUCUGAGUACCUCGGUAAAAACAGAGUGCCAGAGCUACAAAAGCUCUUCCAGAAACCAGAUGGGAUCCCUGUCCACUUAAAGCGAGGAUUUCCUGAUAAACUGCUCUACAGAACCACUAUGGCACUGACAGUCGGGGGGGCCAUCUAUUGCCUCAUAGCAAUCUACAUUGCCUCACAACCGAAAAAGAACUAGUCGAAAUGGUUCCAGCAAACGUCUGAAUUCUGUCCAUAGAUCACGUUUUAUGCUUAUUUUAUGUAUGUUUGGUUCAAAAUCUACAGAUCUUGCUCCCUCUGCAAUACUACGACCGGUCCGCUUUUUCAAUCCAGGUUAACGAUGAGUCAAAAUGAUCCAGGCGGAUCUCGCCAUAGGGAGGCAUUCACAGCAGCAGCAUAGGGCGUCAUCUGUUCACAGCUGUAGAUCUGAUCAAUCAUUUUUCCUCCUCUAGAAGAAUGAGAUCCAGGCUUGUGACUCGCUGUCGCAGGCUCCGACAUCAAAUGGUUCUAUCAUGUCUUUUUACAUAAAGGCUGAUGCUGCACCUUCACAAGGGAAUAAGUCAUGUGUACGAUAAGCCACAAAUGGAGAGAGAUUAAAAAUAUUUAAUAAAAAGUGACCGCAAGUGACGGACAUUGUCUUGUUCCAGAGAUGUAAA